AUGGUCAAUAUCGCUAAGCCUGGACCUGGGAUCUAUUCUGCUACUUAUAGUAAUGUCCCUGUGUAUGAGUAUUUGUUCGGAGAGGCUCUCAAGGAACAUGUAAUGCGAAGACGACAUGAUGAUUGGAUUAAUGCGACACAUAUAUUAAAAGCAGCUGGAUUCGAUAAACCUGCUAGAACGAGAAUUCUCGAAAGAGAGGUUCAAAAGGAAGAACAUGAGAAGAUACAAGGUGGAUAUGGAAAAUAUCAAGGUACUUGGGUUCCUCUCGAGAAAGGUCAAGCUUUGGCGCAAAGAAACAAUAUCUAUGAGAAACUUCGUGCGAUUUUCGAAUAUACCCCUGGUGAACUCAGUCCUCCUCCAGCACCAAAGCAUGCGACAAAUAAGCCAAAGGUUAAGAAACCAGCGGUGCCUAAAUGGGGAGCAAUGCCAAUUCAACAAGCUGCAGUAGCUCGUCAAGUCGAAGAAAAAUACGAGAAUAUCAGCACUCAAGUAAAUGACGAGGAAAUUGUCCCAGAUGAUGUCACAGUUGCUUCCGCUUCUUAUAUCGCCGAAUCUGAUCGAUUCGAUAUGUCGCAACCACCUACCGGUCAUCGAAAGCGCAAAAGAGAUCGUGAGAGGGAUGAUCUUCAACAAGAAGAUGCUGUGGACAUUCGAGCACAAGCUCAUCUUAUGUGGGCAGACGAACUUCUAGAUUACUUCAUGGCACCUCCCACCGAUGCGAAUUCGAUGGACAGAAGGCCGGAACCGCCGGUAAAUUUCGAACCCGACUUCAUUAUUGAUACAGAUGGUCAUACCGGUUUACAUUGGGCUGCAUCAAUAGGUGAUGUCGAUAUUUUGAAGCAAUUGAAGAGAUUUGGAGCAAACCUUGUCUGUCGAAAUAGCCGUCAAGAAACACCCCUGAUACGAUCAGUUCUUUUCACGAAUUCCUAUGACAAGCAAAACUUUCCCCUGAUCGUCAAGGAAUUGAUCAAUACUGCGCAUGAAGUCGAUUCAUGUGGAGCUACAGUCCUUCAUCAUGCAGCGGCGACAACUAAUAUGAAACAAAAGUUCAGAUGCGCUCAAUACUAUCUGGAUGUUCUUCUAGAAAAGCUUAUUGAAAUCUUUCACCCAGACGAGGUUCAAAGAUUGCUGGAUGCCCGAGAUAUUAAUGGAAAUACAGCAAUUCAUAUCGCUGCCAAGAACAAAGCAAGAAAGUGUGUACGAGCUUUAAUGGGUCGUGGUGCUGCAACAGAUAUUCCAAAUGAUAUUGGCGAAACAGCCGAAGAAAUAAUCCAAGAUUUAAACGCCUCUCGCAGAUCCGAAAGACAUCAACAAGCCGCAUCCUCUUCACCUUUUGCUCCAGACUCUACCCGCCAUAUUUCUCAUUACGAUGCUCUUGAAGAAGAAAACUCACGAGGCGUAGCGCAUAUCUCCGAAGCUGCAAUCAGUCUUAAGAACAAUGCGGAACCGGUUCUACUAGAGAGAUUACAUGCGUUAGCAUGUAGUUUCGAUGAGGAAUUGGCGGAAAAAGAAAAUGCCGAGGCGGAUAGUAAGAGGAUUUUAGAAGGGGUAAGGAUGGAAUUGGCGGGAGUGCGAGAACAGGCUAGAUUGCUAGUUGAGGAAGAAGAGGGUGAGGAAAAUGUUAUUGCGGCAAAGGCGCAUCUGGUGGGUUUGCAAGAGAGAGUUCAAAGUUUGGUAGAGAGACAACAACAACUUCUUUUGCUUUCACGCACAAAACAUGAAGGUUCGGUAAUCAACGGUCAUGGAGGUGGAAAAGUUAAUGGCAUUGGAAAUAGUAUUGGAGAAGAAGGAGAAGAUGAGAGAAUCCAAUUAGCGCAACAAUUACACGAAGAAACACAGAGAAGAAAGGGAUUGGUGGGAGAAUAUAUUGGAGCGCUGGGCGUAGCUGGUGGUGGGGAUGAAGGAGAAUUGUAUAAGAGGGUUAUUGUGAAGGAUUUGGGAAUGUAUGAGGGUAAGGGGGGAUUGAGUGAUGAGGGUUUGGAUGCAUUAAUUGCGAAUUUGGAAGAAGAGAGGGGGGGUGUGGGUUUGGAGAGGGAGGUCGGUGAUGAAUUAUAG